AUGCCAACUGUCAAGGAGCAGCUCAUUGCGAGCAUAAGUGCAGAAGAUAAAGGCUCCCAGUGCAAGGUCACCGUUGUUGGAGCUGGCUCUGUAGGCAUGGCCUGUGCUAUUUGUAUCUUACUGAAGGAAUUGGCUGAUGAACUUGCCAUUGUUGAUUCUGAUGUGGACAAAUUGAAGGGAGAAACAUUGGAUCUUCUGCAUGGCAGUGUUUUCCUUCGUACUCCAAAGAUUAUCUAUGGAAAAGAUUUCAAGGUAUCUGAAAACUCCGAAUUGGUUAUUGUCACAGCAGGUGCCAGGCAAGUGCAUGGAGAAACUCGCCUUGACCUGGUCCGACGUAAUGUAGCCAUCAUGAAAUCAAUCAUUCCUGACAUAGUCCAUCAUAGUCCUGACUGUAAAAUGAUUAUUGUUACAAACCCAGUGGAUAUUUUGACAUAUGUGGUCUGGAAGAUAAGUGGCCUACCUGUAAGUCGAGUAAUUGGAAGUGGUUGUAAUCUAGAUUCUGCCCGUUUCCGUUACCUAAUUGGAGAGAAGCUGGAUAUCCAUCCCACAAGCUGCCAUGGUUGGAUUAUUGGAGAACAUGGUGAUUCUAGUGUGCCCUUAUGGAGUGGUAUGUUAAAU